UUACUGGGCAGAGCUUUGGAACCAAAGAUUUUCGAGCAGCUCUAGAAAAUGGAGUCCUGUUGUGCGAUUUGAUUAACAAGAUCAAACCUGGCAUCAUUAAGAAGAUCAAUUGUCUGCCAACUCCAAUAGCUGGCUUGGAUAAUAUAAAUGUUUUUCUGAAAGCGUGCGAAAACAUUGGACUGAAAGAAGCUCAGCUUUUUCACCCAGGAGAUCUUCAGGAUUUGUCCAAUCGAGUUACAGUCAAACCAGAGGAAACCAACAGAAGAGUGAAAAAUGUUUUGAUUACAUUAUACUGGCUUGGGAGAAAAGCUCAAAGUGACCCUGAUUAUAAUGGUCCAUACCUCAAUCUUAAAGCAUUUGAGAAGUUAUUGGGGCAAGCACUGACCAAGGCACUUGAAGAGUCCAGCCAGCCGUGCAGAAGUGGGAGAGAUAGUGGGUACGGCGACAUUUGGUACGUUGAUCGGGGAGAGCCUUUUUCAUCUUCAGCCACUCAUAAAAGAGACGAUUCCUUUGAUAGCUUGGACUCUCUUGGUUCAAGAUCCUGCACAAGCUUUUCAUCAGAUAUAACCUUGAAAGGUGGCAGUGAAGGUUGCGACAGUGACACAGACUCGGAACUGCCUUCCAAAAUGCAUGACUCCCACAAGGAUGACAGGUCUUACCGUAGGAUUUCUGUGAUUGAACCAAAACCCACCACUGACUUCAACCGUUUCUUACCCAACAAAAACAAGCAGACAGCAUAUGUGCCAGCACCUUUAAGGAAGAAGAGGUCAGAGAAGAAUGAGGACAACAGGAGGAGCUGGGCAAGUCCUGUUUUCACUGAGUCAGAUGGAACAUUUUCAAGUAACCAGAGGAGGCAGAGGCAAUUGGAUACUAAAGAGGAAAACAAACCAAGAGUUAACAAUCCUUCACAAUUAUCUGGGUAUUUUGAUGAGGACGAGGAAGAAGUAGGCAUCCCAAACAUUGAAAAAGAUGAUCUCUAUUUUCGCAAGCUAAGUUCUUCAGCACCAAAUACAGUUGUUGCUUUUGACAAAUUUCUUCCUAAGUUUUGGACUCCAGAGGAAGAAUUGCUAUGGAAAAAAAUCAAGAAAUCCUCUUUCAAACCCUGGUAUAAAGAGAUUCAAGGGUUCAGUAGAAAGAGAUCAGAUUCUGAGGAUGAGGAAUUUGCUUACAAACAAAGCUGUACCAUUGUUGCUAAUCAACCAAAAUCAAGUUUUGACUGGAACAGUAGCUGCAGAAGGGAUCAGAAUUAUAAGCCAACUGCUGAAUAUUUGGGAAGCUCAUUGUCACAGAUUGCAGAAGGAAAAAUCUUGGAGUCUUCUGAUCAGCCCAGUCAGUUUUCGUUACUUCAGGCCCUGCAAAAAUACACUGACUACAUGUCUUCUGAAAUGGAGACCAGAAUUGAUCCUACUUCUGGCCCUAGGCUCAUAAAAUGUAGAAAGAAUAUUUCCUUUAUACCAGGAGGCAAGCAAGGAGAUGAGGAAAAUGGAUAUGUAUAUCCAGAUUUGGAAAAUGAUGAUUUGUUCGUUCGGAAAACUGGGGCUUUCCAUGUGAAUCAAGUUGUUCUUCAAGACCCCCGGUAUUUAAAGAAAUUCUCUGAGCAGGAGCCUCCUAUAGAGGGUGAGAUAAUUCUGCAGCCCAGAGAGGGCCAAACUGUGAUUCCAGAUUUGGAAAAGGAUGACAUGAUUUUUCGUAAAGUCCUCUCUCAAAAAAAAGAGGUGCCUUUAUCAGGUGCUCCCGACAAGUAUCACCCAGCACUGUUUCCUGAUCCAUGGAGUCUCCCGGAAGAGAUCCGGUCCAAAUUUCUGUGUUUACUUGAAAAAAACACGAUACCAGAGGAAAGGAAGAGCAAUGGCAGAGUGUUGUCACCAUCUUUACACCAUAAGAAGGACGAUAUGCUGACCCGCAAGAUUGAAUCUUGGAAAGUGGGAAGCAAUGUCCAGCCUGUAAAUUUCAUCCCAGGUCCAUGCAGUGAAGAAGACUGGAAGAAGUGGGAAGCAAUCAGGGAGGCCAGCAAAGUUAGACACAAGAAACGGCAGAUGGUGGAGAGACUGUUUCAAAAGCUUUCUGAUGAGCAAGGGAGUAAAUCUUUGAAUGAUGUCAGUGCAGACGAGCUGCAGACAAUGCGCAAAAUCCGCUAUGAAGAACUGCAGAAGAUAAAAGAACAGUUACAAGAACAAGAUCUAAAGUGGCAAGAAGAUCUAGCAAAAUGGAAGAGUCGUAGGAAGAGUUACACUUCAGAAUUGCAAAAGAAAAAGGAAGAGAGAGAAGAAAUUGAAAGGAGAGCCUCUGAGGUGUCUGGAAGGAGUACCAAGUCACUGAAAGAAAUGCAGCAGGAGAGGGAGGAGAGAGAUCAGAACUCCUACGAGCAGCAGAAACAGGAGCACAACUGGGCAUAUUCACUGAACGAUGAUGUGUUCAGUGAAGAAAAAGCACCUUCCACAGCUGCAAAAGAUUGGUCAGCAGCCAAAGAUUACCGAUUGGAAGAAGAUGCUUCCUACAGCACUAAGGACAGCAGAAGUGUGUACACCGCACAACCACCCAAGGAGAACCUGCCAGAGAGCUCGGCUGCUCGAGAAGCUCCUGCGCCCCCGGAGAGUCUGGCGCGGGAACGGGAGCAGAGCCCGACUCUUUUGUCCAGUCGCUACUCAGUGAAUGCUCAAACUGGGUCAGCUCAGGUUUCAGCUUCUCUCCCGAGAACUUACCAGAAAACUGAUACCUCCAGGUUAACAUCUGUGGUUACACCAAGACCUUUUGGUGUCCACUCAAGAGGAAUCUCGUCACUUCCACGGUCGUUCACGAUGGAUGAUGCUCAGAAGUACAAUGGAGAUGUAGAAAAAGCUAAAAGAACUCAAGCUUUGUUUACCAGCAUUUCCUUUUCACAACCAGACUCUGCACACCCUCUCUCCACUGGUGCAUUCAGAAGCAGAGGUGAGGAGGAAGAGGAGGAAAAAGGUGUUCAGUCAACACCUCCUCCUAGUUUGGCAUUAACUUUAAAGUCCCAAGAUGAAGAUGCUGGGAGCAGUAUUACUAAGCCAGAAUAUGGCAUUCCUCCUGAUUCUCUUUCACUUGCAUCUUCUGCAGAAACUGCGAGUCCAACAGAGCCUAAGGAUUCAAAAUCCAUGGAACAGUACAGUGAAAUGAGAAUCAGUAUAAACCAGAGGCCUGGCCACAGUCACAGCUUUGGGUUUACAACAAACUGGAGUUCUUCAGGAGCCAUUGUACAGACAGUUGAAGAAGGCAGCCCUGCAGCACUUUGUCAGCUGCAUGUAGAUGAUGAGAUCAUUGCUGUCAAUGGCACAAAGGUUUCACAUAUGGACUACAGUCAGUGGGAAGAGGCCAUCAGCAGAGCACUAGAAACUGGAAACCUGGUCAUGGAUGUCAGACGAUAUGGAAAGAAUGAUUGGGGCAAAGACCUGCCUUCCCUGCCAUAUGUAAGGCAUAAAAUCCUCAAUCUCACCAGUAUGGCUACCAACAUUAUAGGUACAUCUGAAAAUAAAUGGAUUGAUGCAACUUCAGGAGAAAAGGUUUCAAAUGCUUCCACCACAUCUACAAAAAGAGAUUUCUCCAGCAGCCUUCAAAGUUCUAAUACAGAAGCAAAAUUGAUAAAUGGAAUGCAAGGGGACCUUGGCUCUAAUGAACAAAGAGCAUCUGAACCUAUUUCUUUGAAAAACUUUAAAAGACGGUCACAAUUUUUUGAACAAGGGUCAUCAGGUUAUUCUUACAAUUCAUGGGUCUACCUUUGUGGAGGCCCUGAGCCCGCAAUGCCUGAUCUCCCAGUGCCAUCCAUCAGCGCUCCUAGUCGUCGGGUUUGGGAUCAAGAGGAAGAGCGAAAACGACAGGAAAAAUGGCAAAAAGAGCAGGAUCGUUUGUUGCAGGAGAAAUACCAACGAGAACAAGAGAAACUGAGGGAAGAAUGGCUACGAGCUAAGCAAGAAGCAGAAAAAGAGAGCUCCAAGUAUUUUGAUGAGGAGCAGACUGUUCUAACCCUAAAUACAACAUCUGUCACUUCUCAGGCUCCACCUGUGUCCAGCUGGAGAGAAAGCCCUGAAGCAAAUGCUCCUGAGGAGCCAGAACGAGAUGGGGAUAACGAGCUGGCAAGCAGCUUGCUGCAUGAAGAAGAAGGAAGAAGGAGGCUUCAGGAGGAACGAAGGAUCCAGGAAGAAGCAACCCGGCAUUUUGAGCAAGAACAGGAACCCGAGGAGCUGGAGCUUGAGAGACAGCGUAAAGAAAGGGAGCAGCAAUACGCUGAGGAGCAGAGGCAGCAGGCAGAGAUGGAGGAGCAGAGGCGGCAAGCGGAAAGGCAAAGGGAGGUCCCCGCGGAGGUGCCUCAGUACCAGAGACAUUAUGAGCGCUAUGAAGUAUCUAAAACAAUAGAGGAUCGAGCUGGCCAUCCUCUCAUUGACAGGCAUUAUGAGCGUUAUGAAGUUUCUAAAACCAUUCAGGAGCAACCUGGACAGUCACUUGCUGACAGGAAUAAGUCAAAGUCAACUACAGAACUGAAUGAAUUCAACACAAUCAGAAAUGGUACCCAGACCAAGUAUUCAGAAAGGUCCUGGAACACGGGUGAGUCACAGAAGAAGUCUCAGAAGGAGCAAAACCUGUCUGCAGCAGAGUUGGAGAGACAGCAAAUCCUUCAGGAAAUGAGAAAGAAAACAUCUCUACACACGGACAGCAGCUGGAUUAGGCAGCGCAGUGCCAGCAUACAUAAGGAGCCCGUUAGUCUGUACAGCAGUAGUAUGAGGAGAGGGGAGUCUUUGGACAAUCUUGAUUCUUCAGGAAUGAGGUCAUGGAGGCACCAUUCAUGGCUGAACCAGUCUGCAUCCUCUUCAUCUCUAUCUUCUAGUCAAGAUUUUAGUCGUCCCGUGUCCACUUCAAACCGAGCCUACAUGUGCACUCCUUCCUCCAGCAAAGCACCUCCCGUGGCCACCUCUGCAAGAGCCCCCUCCACAUCCCAGACAGCUCCCCGGGCUCAGUCUCCCGUCUCUGCUUCCCAGUCCGGGUCCCAGACACGCAGCAGGUCAGUCAGUGGGAAGAAAAUCUGUUCAUACUGUAAUAACAUUCUGGGCAAAGGAGCAGCCAUGAUCAUUGAAUCUCUUGGUCUUUGUUAUCAUUUACAUUGCUUUAAGUGUGUUGCCUGUGGAUGCGACCUUGGUGGAUCCCGCUCCGGAGCUGAAGUCAGGAUCCGAAACAACAAACUCUUCUGCAACGACUGCUAUAUCAGAUUUAAAACUGGGCAACCAACCUGCAUGUGAAGCAAAUGAAGAUAUGAAACCACUGUCGCAGAUACAAGAAGAGGUGAUUGCUGCUGAUGUAGAUCUAUAAAUAUAAAUAUUGUGUGUGUGGUUUUUUUCUAAGAGUAACUCUUGCUUGUCUAGUCUUCAUAGCAAUACCUUGUAUUCUUCAUAUAACUAUUUUUAUUUAUAAGAAAGUAAUUGCAGUAAGGAAAUAGCUGGGAAAAAUGCUUUCACAUUUUCAGCUUCAAGUAUUGAGAGUGCAAGAGAGAAUAAGUAUAUUUUCAGUAAUAACUUCAAAAUAUUUUUGAGGCUUAUAAUCAACUAGUUGACUUUCCAAUGGUAUAUGAAGAGGGUAUUUUGUUUCUAAGCUCUUGAAAUGAGCAUUAGAGAAAUAGCUAAUAUAAAUAUAUAUUUGCAAUUGCUGUCUUUAUUUUUUGACAUAUACUGAAAGUGAAUUCUCUAGGUUAAUAUGAAGCUGCAUUUAAAUGCACACAAAUGUGUUUGCUUUCCAUAUGCUGGUUUCUAAAAUGAUGUGCUUUUUUUGAAACCUAAAUACAAAGAAUAAUCUCUUUGCUCAGUGGUGUUGGCAUAAUAUUCUGUGGAAUCCGUUUAAGUGAGAGAGUUUUCUUUUCCCAUUUGGAGAUGUAACUAUCACUCUUUCCUCUGAGUGGAGAGUGAUUGUUGAAUUACCAUAUAUUUGUAAAUAAAAAAAUCUGAUGUUGCAUUUA